AAGAGAGAGAUAAACAGAAAGAAGAGAGAGAUAAAGAGAAAGAAAGCUUAAAUAAUGAAAAGAAAACAAAUAGAACCCGUUCUAGGGGUGCCCCAUGAAUGUUCCCAACCAGCUAAUUUGGAGGAACUGGGAAUGUAGGCAUGUAGGCUUGUGACACUCCCAUUCCCAAUGUUUUAGAAUCUAGAGUAAUUAGAAAUUUCCCCCAAAGGUCGGAGGGAUGAACUUUCAGGUUCCUCCAUGCUCACUAGUCACUGGCUGGAGCACUGGAUAGAGGGGAAGGGCUAGUGCCGGUCCUUCCUCCUCACUGCUUGGGAGACGCUCAUGCUGAUGCAGCAGAGGCAGAAGGCUGGCUUUGUGGCCACUGAGUACAGAGUAGAAUUGGAGUAAACUGAGGACUCUUUCACCCUCGCCAGAGCGGUGACUUUGGCCCUGGGAGAAGAUGAGAUUGCAGGGGCUUGGCCUGAGAGUGAUGCCUUUUCUCUGCAUUUAUCCUCUGGAACUUUUCCUUGCAGAUUCAUGAAGAUGCGCAUCCGGACUCCACCCAGACUCCUGGAGCUGGCGGGGCGGAGCCUGCUGAGGGACCAGGCCUUGACCAUGUCCACCCUGGAGGAGCUGCCCACGGAACUUUUCCCCCUCUGUUCAUGGAAGCCUUGUAGGAGACACUGUGAGGCCCUGAAGCUGAUGGUGCAGGCCUGGCCUUUCCUCCGCCUUCCUCUGGGGUCUCUGAUGAAGAGGCCUUGCCCAGAGACCUUCCAAGCUGUGCUCGAUGGACUUGAUGCCUGCUUACCCAGAAGGAGUUCGUCUCCAGGAGUGAGGCCCAGGAGGUGGAAACUUCAAGUGCUGGAUUUACAGGAUGUCAGUGAGAACUUCUGGAUGGUUUGGUCUGAAGUCAUGGCUGGUGGGUGCUUACCAAAUGAUAUGUGGAACAGAAAACCAGUGCAGAACUGUCCAAGGAUGAGAGGACAGCAGCCCUUGACAGUGUUCAUAGACCUUUGCCUCAAGAACAGGACUCUGGAUGAAUGCCUCACCUGCCUCUUUCUAUGGGUCAAGCAGAGGGAAGGUUUACUACACCUGUGCUGUAAGAAGCUGAAAAUGUUGGGAAUGCCCUUCCACAAUAUCAGAAACAUCCUGAAAAUAGUCAACCUAGACUGUAUCCAGGAGAUGGAAGUGAAUUGCAAUUGGACACUACCCAUCCUGGCAGAGUUUACCCCAUACCUGGGCCAGAUGAGGAAUCUUCACAGGCUUGUUCUCUCUGAUGUGGAUGUCUCUCGCUACAUUUCCCCAGAGAAGAAGAAGGAGUUUGUUACCCAGUUCACCUCUCAGUUCCUCAAGCUGCGCUACCUCCAAAAGCUUUAUAUGAACUCUGUUUCUUUCCUUGAAGGCCACCUGGACCAGCUGCUCAGCUGUCUGAAGACCCCGUUAAAGAUCCUUGCAAUAACUAACUGUGUGCUUUUGGAAUCUGACUUGAGGCAUCUGUCCCAGUGCCCGAGUGUCAGUCAACUAAACACCCUGGACCUGAGGGGCGUCAGACUGGCCAAUGUCAGUCUUGUGCCUCUCCAAAUUCUGCUAGAAAAAGUCGCAGGCACCCUUGAGUACCUGGAUUUAGAUGACUGUGGCAUCGUAGACUACCAAGUCAACACCAUCCUGCCUGCCCUGAGCCACUGCUUUGAGCUCACCACCUUCAGCUUCUGUGGAAAUCCCGUCUCCAUGGCCACCCUGGAGAACCUGCUGUGCCACACAAUCAGAUUGGACAACUUAUGCCUGGAGCUGUAUCCUGCCCCGCGGGAGAGUUAUGAUGCUGGUGGUACUCUCUGCCGGAGCAGAUUUGCCCAACUUGGGGCUAAGCUGAUGGGGAGAGUGAGGGAUUUAAGGGAGCCCAAGAGGAUCUUGUUCUGUACUGACUACUGCUCUCGCUGUGGCAACAGGUCAUUUUAUGACCUGGAGUUAGAUCAGUGCUGCUGUUGAAUACCUGCCUAUUUGGGUAGAUAUAUCCAACUCAUUUUUCUGGACACCUGAAAACUAAAACCUAGGCCUUUUUGCACCCAGGCUGGAGUUCAGUGACACGAUCCCCACUCACUGCAACCUCUGCCUCCUGAGUUCAAGCGAUUCUCUUGCCUCAGAUGCACCCACAGUAAUGCUUCUUAAAUAUUUCAAUGCCACAUUUUAAAAGUUUCAUCUAGGCUGGGCACGGUGGCUCAUGCCUGUAAUCCUAGCACUUCAGGAGGCUG